CGGGCGCGGGCGGGGCGGUGCCGUCGCUGUUGCCGUCCGGUGCCGCAGGAGAAGGUCGCCCGCUCGCCCGCUCGCUUCGGGGGAUUCCCAGCAUCUCGCUCAGCCGCUCCCGCCGUCCCGAGCACUCGGGGACAUGUCGAGGUGGGCGGAGGCCCGGUGGGCCGGCGCCAGACGGCGGACGGCGGCCGCGGCACACGCGCCCUCCUCGAGCUUUCCCCGGAGACUCCUCCCUUUACACGCGCCCCGAGCCUGAAGGCGCUGCCGCGGCGAGGAGGCACCGACGGGGAGUAGGACGCGCCGCUGCUGCACCGGGAAUAAUCACCGGGAAUAAUCACCGGGAAUAAUCACCGGGAAUUAUCGAUCACCGGGAAUUGGCACCGGGAAUCGGCACCGGGAAUCGCCGGGAAUUGGCUGCAGGAGGAUGAAGCUGCUGGAGAAUUCCAGCUUCGAAGCCAUCAACUCCCAGCUGACCGUGGAGACGGGCGAUGCCCACAUCAUCGGCAGGAUCGAGAGCUAUUCCUGCAAGCUGGCCGGGAUUGACAAGCAGCUCUUCAAGCAGUUCUGCCUCGAGGGGCGGCCGCAGGCGCUGGAGGCUCUGUCCCCACCCCAGACCUCCGGCCUCAGCCCCGGCAGACUGGGCCGCGCUCCCCUCAGCCACACGUGCAGCCGCAAGACGCUUUUCUACCUGAUCGCCACCCUGAACGAGGCGUUCCGGCCCGACUACGACUUCAGCGCCGCCAAGAGCCACGAGUUCAGCCGCGAGCCCAGCCUCAACUGGGUGGUGAACGCGGUGAACUGCAGCCUGUUCUCUGCCGUGCGCGAGGAUUUCAAGGCUCUGCGGCCGCUGCUGUGGGACGCGGUGGACGAGGAGAUCAGCCUGGCCGAGUGUGACAUCUACAGCUACAAUCCCGACCUGGACUCGGAUCCCUUUGGAGAGGACGGGAGCCUCUGGUCCUUCAAUUAUUUCUUCUACAACAAGCGGCUCAAGCGGAUCGUCUUCUUCACCUGCCGCUCCAUCAGCGGUUACGCGUACACGCGCCCGGACACCGGCAACGAGCUGGACAUGGACCUGGGGGAGGGGGACACCGAGAGGGGUGACAGCGGUGACACCGAGGGAGGGGCCAUCCCUGGGGACAGGCUGCAGGUGAUGUGCAUGUGAGAUUCCCAACGGGAUCCCGGACACCGGGAACGGAACCAGCAAUGGGACUGGAAAUGGACUGGG